GUGAAAGAUUUUUAUGAUUAUUGUAAAGUUGUUAAAUAAAUCAUCAAAUUUAGUAAUUGUAAACUCAAAAACCCACAUGUAUCAGCUUAUACUUUCAACUAAAGGAAUUUUGAAAUAUCAAGUGCAGUCAACUGUUUCUAUACCAACGCACUAAUCGAAUGCGCAUAAUAAUUUGUACACCCUCAUUAAGAUGAAACCUAGGUGGUUCCAACUUGUAUCACAUAUCGGCCAAUUCAAAACUCUAAAUCCCGACUAUUCAUUUCCUUUAAAUUUCACACAAAAAGCCGAAAUACUAAAUAAAUCUCAUAAAAAAAUGUCUCAACAAGUAAUUGAUCUCAACAAGCAACAUUUCGACAAGAUGGCUCUCGAUUGGGGAACCAAUCCAAUCUUUGCCGAGAUGAGUAGAAAAUUUGCAACUGGUAUUAUGGAAGAAUUGAGAAAACACCUCACGAAUCAAUCAUCAAUGCAAGUGAUGGAUUUUGGUUGCGGAACUGGAGCUCUUUCAUUGUAUCUAUUGAAUGAAUAUGGACAGAGUGUUGAAUGUUUGGAUGCAGUAGAUGUGAGUGAAGGCAUGUUGAAGCAAUUUGCUGAAAAGAAGGAAAAAUUGGUCGGAGAAGGCAUGUUGAAUGGUAACUUGUUGCAAAUUCAUAAUUUAAAUUUGACCACGGAUGAUCAUGCACUGAUUGGAAAGAAGAAUAGUUAUGAUUUGAUUGUGUCCUCCAUGUGUUUCCAUCACUUGCCAAAUAUUCCAGAAAAACUCAAGCUUUUUGCUUCCUAUUUGAAACCUUCUGGAAAACUUGUCUUUUUGGAUAUGGACAAGGAUUUUCCACUGAUUGAAACAUUCCAUCCAAGAAAUAUGGGUGAUGAAUUGCAAUAUGAAAGCGGAUUCUCUGAGGCAGAGUUGAGAGAGUGGCUCGAUUUGGCUGGCUUUGAAAAUCAUCAAUUUGCUAGAAAUGUCACAAUUGAAAAGAAGGGAUGGGACGAUGUGAUGAGAAGUUACACUCUCAUGACCACUACUUCAUUUAAAAAGUAA